AUGGAGUUGCAGAAUGCGUCUGCGGUUGCGCGGCGCGAGGCAUUGCCACUUUUGGAUGGACCUUUGGUGGCGGAGAUCAUGGCGCUGCGAGGUGACGUAGAUGGCCGCAAACCAGUGGAGAGUUUUGAUUUGUUGGUCGCAGCUUUGAAAGAUGCGCAAUGCAGCAUGCCUGACCAACCGGCCUGGUUUCAGAGUGCCUGGGGUGUGAAAGAGCCGGAGCAACUACAUGCCCUUGCGCAAGACUUUGAUACAUUUCUGACGAAGCAUGACCUUCGGGAUCUGUGGACGGAGGCAUCUUUGGGUACUGCUAUGGUGUGGGUGGGCUGGUUUGGCAUAUUGCAGCAUCGGGAUCAAAGAAAGGCAAAGGUAGAGGAAUGGGUCUCGGAAAGCCGUGGUCUGUUCAAAAGUCCGCCUGCCCAGUAUGUAUUGUCAACUCGAAUGGAUACCUAUGCUUUCCCACCGUUUUUCAAAACCGAUGCAGAGUCCAUGUAUGGUGUGGCAGGUGGAGCAGAGUUGCCAAAAGGGUUGUUGCCUAUUUUGACAGCUCCUCGAGUGUGUGAACUGUGUGGAGAUGGAUUUGUGAAUUGGACAGAUCUGUCUGCGCACGUGGACCAGGCGCAUGUGAACUGGGCAGAGUACCGUAAGCGCGUCUUUUGGCAUGCGCAGCAUGAGGAAGCUGCUCCUUGUCAUGGUUUGCCAAUGUCUUGGGCCCGCAAAAGACGCAUCCUUGGAAACGCAACCGCCCAACUGGUCAGCGUAGCCAGCCAACCCUUAGGGGAUGAGUCUGUUUCAGCAGCAGUGAGAACUGCAGAGCCUCGAGCCCCCGAGCGCGAACCUCGUGCCAUGGUGGGAUGCGCUGUGUGCGCAACGAAGGAAUGGACCGAGCGGAUGCGCCGGUGCUACAUGUUUCGCACUUUGCCUUUGGGGAAAGAGGUGCGGGAGGAGAUGGACGAGGAGGAAGCAGCUGAGGCUCAAGCUGGUUCGGCAGAUGAGCAGGCGGGUCGUCGGCGGAGCAACUUGCUUCGAGAUAAGCACGGUCUGUAUUAUUUUGGACCAGCCGAAGAAAUUCAACAGCUUUUGGGAGUGGACAAAUACGCAGAGCGGUGGCCGAAGAUUCCAGUUGCCGAACUACACGCAAGUUCGGUGCAACAUCCGGAUCGCCCUGGCUACCGGUGGCUGUUGCACACACGCAGGGUACCUUUGCGGAAAAAGGCAGAGUCUGCGGUUGCGCGCGCAGAGGUUAGCGUCGCGGAUGCGCACGCGGAAGGUGAAGCUGCGGUUGCGCGCGAGGAUGGUUCCCGGGAUACAGCUGUGGAAGGGCAUCCGCCUUGCGCUGGCAUCGGGGACAGUAACGGCACGGUGUUCCUUUGUCGGUGGUGUUGUCACAGCUUGUGUCACCGGAAACCCACGCUUCCCAAGCGAGCGCUUGCCAAUGACCUGUGGGGAGGCCGCGAGCAUCCGCUUUACCAGAAGCUUCGGGACUUGCCGGCUGCACGGAUGCUUCUUGGACAAGCUCGGGUACUUUACAGGAAGGUGGUGUUGAACCACAAGCAUGGAAGAGAUGCGUGUGAGUUGCAACAUGGCUUGCAAGGCAAUACCACUUUCAUAGCGCAGCCGCGAACUUCAGCCGUGGGGAAGUCCUUGCCGCCUUGCAUGGAGGACGUGGGUCAACAGUUGCAGGUUAUUUUUUCUGUAUCCCGCACCGACGUAGCCAGAGCGAAACCACUGUUGGUGCCACGUUCCCUUUACCUCGAAUGCGCUCGUCUUCGACAACAGCUUUGUCCGUUGUUUCAUGAUGUGGAAAUCGAUGUAGCACGAGCACAGGUUGACCUGAAGGAGGAUGAGGCGCCCCCGGGAAUUGUAUCUGCUGCUGUGCGCAUGGAGGAAGCCAACAUGUUUCGACCGAAUUUGACAGGUCCGGCUAGCUCGCGAGCAGCGGACACGGCAGCGAGGUCGCGGGAAGAUGAAAUUGUAGAAGCUGACUUGUUGGAUGAAGAGCCGGAAAAGUUGGAUGCAGAGGCAGAGGGUGAAGAGUCCUGUGCGGCUGCGCAAGGAGAAGCGGGGAAAGCUCCGGUGGAAGAAGCAGAGAACCUCAUUGGACUUGAUGAGGCCGCGGACAACGAUCCUCUGCAGCAUUACGUCGUCCUACAGGAGCAAAUUCGACGUAUACAGGAGGACCAAGCUCGCAUUCAGAGGAAGGAAGAGAAGGCAGAGGCCGCGCAAGGUGAUGCUCAAGUGGUUGCUGGCAUGGAACUGACUGCGGCUCGAGAAGCCUGUCGAGGACACGCUUUAGAACUGCGGGAAGUGUGUCGUAGAUUGGCCGACAGACAUGAACAGAGCAUUGAAGCGGAACUGCAACUUCUGGAAGGACCGCGGACGCCGGAUGCCAAUGUGUUGGAAGUGCGGGCGGGACAGCUCCUGUCCAUGUUCCUUCCCGAGUCUUGGUGUUUGGCUUUCACGGAAUUUUUCUUCGGAGAUUGCUUACCUUUUGAUCAACGCAGACCUGUGCGGAUUGCGCCAAGAGCGCUCAUGGCAUGUCUUUUGAAAAGAGAAGAGUUGGAAUAUCACCUUGCAACAGACGCCGUGCCAUAUGCGGCGCGGCCAACGUCCAGGUGGGACAACGCGGAGGUGACAGCCAUGUUUGCGGAUACCGUGCGACGUCAAAGCUUGCUUCUCGCUACAAAAAUGACGUUUCUCAGUCACAAGUCUUUUCAGUUAGACCUGCAAGCAAUCGCAAAGGCAAAGGCCGAGGAUUUCCAGGCUCUGCAACGAUAUUCCACGCUGGGUCAGGCUUAUGCGAGUGCUGGCAACAGGGAUGGACCAGCCAUGAAAGCGCUGAAGCAUCUGCUGACCAGCACUGCUGUAGUCCCAUUGACAGAAGGGAACAAAAUGAAACUACGCCAUUUCGGACAUGCGAUGGACAUGACCUUCGGCCCGCUCAAAUUAUUUUUGACAUGUAAUUUCGCUGAUACCUACAUGCCUUUGACCAUGACAGUGUUCGACCCAAGCAAUAUGGAAAGACUGUGCGAGACUCAGUGGGAUCUCUUGGCAGAACGACCUCUUUUGCCUGCUUUACAGCACAUGCAUCGGGUCGUGGCCAGAUCGCCAGUGACGCAGGCCCUAGUGUUUUUGCUUAUGGAAGAAAUCAUUCUGACACAGAUCCUCGGCGUGCACUCAGCAUACAUCGGGCAACAUUGUUUCGAUGAUCCUGACAUGCCGUCGCGGUUGCGCGUGGCAAAAGAUGACCAUAUGGCGUCCAAUGCCUCUCUCGGCGUUGCCGAUUUUGUAGAAAGUUUGUUGAUGCCGUUGGAGGCGCAGGGCCGCGUAGAAGAGUCCGGCGAUCAUCGGAUGCUUUUGGAGGUCGGGGACAAGCUGAAGCGUUUACUGCGACGAGGGAAAGAAUUGGUUCGGAAAGCGAGUGUGUUUUACAGCAAUACUCGCAAUGAAUACGGACGCGUGCAAGUAGUUCGCAGACACCCCUUCAGAUCCACUUCCAAUGACCUGUGUCAAGCUUUUGCACGUUGUAAUGUGGAUUUGCAACGAAAUGAUCGUGUCGUACCAAGUGAGGCGCCGGAGUUCAGCCUAGUCGAUUUGAAGCCUGUGCAGUUCUUCUAUGGACACGCUCGAUUGUCUGCGGAUGCGCGGCAUAUCCUCGCAUGUUUGGCAGAAGGGGUGCGAAGCUCGCACGUGUGCGAUUUCUACAUGACCAAAUAUCUCGCCAAGGGUCAGCAAGUUCUUGCAAGUGCCAUUACUCCUGUUCUGCACGGCUUGGAACGUUUGGAUGCAGAGAUUGCAGCAGGGAAAAAGAUCUUGGGCACCACCGAGGACCUAGCGCGUGCCAAAUUGCGGCGGAUUUUGUUUAGCGCCAACCGCUCUCAUUGGUUUUCCUCUUGUGAGCUUGCAAUCUUCGCCCUGACUGGUGGGCACAGCGUUGCCACACACAUCGACCGUCCUUUGUUUUUGAGCAAGGUUUUUUACUUGCUGGAAGAAGGCAAACGCCUGUGGAACGGAGCACUGGCCGGCGAUUUCGUGCAAGAGGCGGCUCGUCCAGCUGAUGUGGACGUGGCACAUGUGGUUCCAUUGCCGAGAGAAUCUACCAAACGUUCUGCGGAGCGCAGUUCCUUGGAACAGGACGGUUGUCACUCCGAAGACAAGAAACGACGGAUUUCCGAGUCGAGGUCUACAGCCGCAAGUGGUGAACAUGUUGAAGGAGAUGGUGCGGUUGCGGUGGAUGCAUCAUGUCUUGAAGUUGCGAAGACUGGAGAUGAAGCAUGUGUGGGUGCACCGUGUUGUGAGCGCGUGGACAUGGAGCCGGAACAACCUGGUGUUCGGAUGUUUCGCGCCACUGCUUCAACCUUCGAUGAUUGGCUGCAUCGUGGAUUCUUCCUACAAGAUUUGAAUUUUCACAGUUAUGUCGCGUAUAUUGAAAUCGUUCCUCGCCAACAGGGUAAGUUGGGCGAUUGUUUCCUCUUUGAUGAGCAUUAUCUGAAAGCAAAAACCUACUGGCAGCGGUUGGCUCCUCGUAUGGCCGUGCCACGCGUGGUAGGCGCAGCUUGCAGUCGCACGGACGUAGGGAAUGGUGAAGAAAACGCUCGCUACAAGUUGACCCUGUUUGGAUUGAUGCGUUGUCCCGGAGUGGGUGCCUGUGCUGACCCUGUGAGUUUGGCUGCAGCCUAUGUGUGUAGCCAGCAGACUCAGGAUAUUCGAUUCUCUCCUGCUUGGCGUCUUCGACGCGCGGAAGUGGAAGUUUUGGCCACUGAAGCUGAUCGGAAAAUUCGCAUAGCGAAGAAGUUACCCACACUGGCAGAUACCACGACGUUUCGCUGUCUGGAAGGUAAAGGUUUCACUUGGUGUCACAUUUUGGUUUCCCAAGCUCUGUACCAUGGACAUAACAAACAUGUCUGCGUCGGAACGCAAAAUUUCCAGAAGCUUGUAGUCUGUAUUUCUGCUUAUUUGGCACCAGUCGCGGAUACAUUCGCGGCGGAACAGUUACAUCUGGCUGAGUUUGUUGCGCAUAGAACACGGGACAUGGUGUUCCGCUUGGACAUGCAUACAGAAGCUCGAAACACUGCCAUUCAGAUAGCCAAGGACAAGACGACCGCGAGUGUCGAAGAUGAUACCGCAUCUGUUCGUUCGGAUGAUCAACAGAUCAUGGUCGAGAUCGAAAAUGUCGGUGGUGAACCCGACGCUGUCGAAGAUGACCGAGUGGGUGAAGCGAACGUGGAGCGACCCAUGGCAGGAGGCAUUGAACUCAUGACGCUCCUGCCGCAGGACUGCUAUGAUCCAGAUGCCGUGCGAGCACAUCUGCUGCAUGUCUCAGAGUUGGAAUCCGCAAAGCAGCGUGGCACCCGGACUUCGGAUGCAGUGCGCUUCAUGUUGGAAGUGGAGAAAGCAUUGAACACAAAAGUGGCACUUUGCCAUGAACACUUUCCCGUGGAGGACUCUGGAGGAUGGAUGCCACAAGCGUCCGUUGAGCUUUUGUUGUCUGCUCAGCAACAACGUGUGGAGUUCUAUCGCAAAAUGGAUUCAGCAGAUGACGCAGCGGAGGAGGCGACCGUUGCGGUUGCACACGCAGAAGAAGAAGCGGUUGUGCGCUUGGUGGCGGCGGAUCUGCGACUGCGCGGUCCGGCGGCGGUGGCGAAAGUGUUGGCCGACAGAGCCACUUUGAACCGCGAUCAACUUGGCUUCGUCGCCAUUGUUGCAAAAAUUCUGCAAGAUGCCUUUGAAUCACUUCCGCCAAGUGGCGAUGGUAUGCUCGCCAAGGAUCGUGUUCUGUUGCGAUGUCUGCUGGUUGGAGGCGGUGGAUGUGGGAAGACUCGGAUCAUCAACAUGGUUUUAAGACCGUUGUUUGAAGCAGUCUUUGGUGAUGGUUCCAUGCAAGCGCAGGCGCCUUCGAACAAAGCCGCUCGUCAGAUUCAUGGCCGAACCAUGCACAGCGCAAACAAGCUGCGCAAAGAUUCAUCUUUGCGGACCGUGCAUUUGCGUGUUUCCGCAGAGACACGGAAGGCUUUGGAAUGCAACACUGUCCCGCUGGCUGCCAUCGUCAUCGAUGAAUUCUCUCAAUGCAUUGGUCAGAUGCUGCAUGCGGAUGCGCUGCGGAAGUCUUAUGGUCGGCAAAGGGCCCUGGGGCUGGAGCUUCAUCGUUAUGCGGAAUUGGACGAGAGCUGGGGGCGUAUGCCGGUGGUCGUCAUUUCUGGGGAUGAUCUGCAAUUACCUCCUGUUCCUUUUUCGCAUUCCUUGCUUGCCAGUGUGGAUGGAACCAGCGAUGAACAUAAAGCCGGCGUGCAUCUCUUCGGUCAAUUCCGUUAUGUGUACCGCCUGCAGACGGCCAUGCGUUUCCAGGAUCCAGUUUUGGAAUGUAUCCUGAGGAAAAUGCGAACUCCGGGUGGUGCGUUGUUGACGCAGAGCGAAUGGCAGGCGUUGGUGAAUACCAACAUCAGUGGAUCCGGCGACAGCGCUCGCUUGUCCGGCACUGAGCAUUUUUUCCAAGCUUGCUACACUUGGUCUGUGGUUAGCAUGGCCUAUACCAUUCGCAGUUUUGAAUCAGCAAAAGCAGCGGGCAAGACCUUGUAUGCCACUCGUGCUGUUGACAUGAUCCAAAAUCUGCAGGCCGACAAAGCUGCUGCUAUCGCCCGGGCUGUGGUUGCGCACCCAAACAUGAACGAGACCGGACGGCUUCCUCACUAUGGUCUCUAUCACGUUGGUAUGGAAGUGCGCUUCACUCAGACAGUCGCUGCUCCUCAUGUGGUGGUAGAUACAAUUGGAAUCAUUCGGGGUUUUGCGUUUGCUUCGGAGGAUCGGAGUCGCACUGAUUUGCAUGCAUCUUUCGUCGUUUUGCGACGCUUUCCGGAAGCUAUUUAUGUGGAGCUGCAAGAUGUGCCGCAGAAAUUUCUGCCCGAUGAAGCCUGUCUUGAACAUACACCGCACAUGGACGCCGAGUGUGCUGCAUGCUUGCGGAUGCGUGGCGUGUUUUUGGUGCGACCAUUUACGAAUCAACAAGGUUGGUCGCUGAAAGUGACGAUCCCUGGAUCCCUUGCUACUGGUACAGAAGAAGAGAUCUCUGUCAAGAUUCGUAGGACGCAGAUUCCGUUGGUGACUGUGAAAGCCAGUACUUUGCAUGUGUUGCAAGGUACAACGACAGAUCCUGGUUUGAUCUUUCAUUGGCGCUUCCCUCGUCGACUCCAAGCAGACAUGAGGUGGUUGGCUGCAUAUGUGGCCUUGUCACGUGUGCGCUCCUUGGAUCGUCUGCGAUCUGUCGGUCUCGACAAUAAGAUUCGUGCCAUCUUGGAACAAGGACCUCCAAAUACUUUGCCUGCCGCCGCGCGACACGGUCGGUUUGUGGUCCAAGUAAAGUUUCAAAAGGUGGAAGAGUACACAUAUACCCGGCAAGGCGCGCCGACCAAGGGAAAGCGGUUGCACGUGCUGUUUGCUAGCGCGGAAGAAGGUGCAUAUGUGUCUGGUCGCAUGGUCAUGUGGCAACAGAAGUCUGGCGAGUUGGAAGCUGCGGCUGCGCGCUUCCAGGUGGGUUUGCACUUCGAAAUGAAAUCUGUCGUCUUUCUCCAGAAAGAGGUAGCCGAAUAUAUUCACACUCCGUUGAAAGUGGUUCUGGAUCUGCGACAGACUCACUUCGAUUCGGUUCUACAGGGACAAUUUCCCAACUUUUGCCUGGGCCCACCGACACGUCUGAAAGACAUUCUGGAGUUAACAGAUGGUCGACAACGCUUCGAUAUCACGAGUCUCGUGCGGCUGCGCGGAGACCCGCGUACCGUAACCACCCGGCAGGGUCAACGUGUGGCGCAGGACAUCGUGCUUCGAGACGAGUCUUGUGUGCAAGACGGACAUCGGGCAGAGAUCACCACGUCCAUUUUCGCGGAAUCACAAGCGAAACUGGAAGAAUUUAUUGCUUUGGUGAAUCUGGAAAAGCCGUUGACUUUCUUUGGCUUCGAUGUGCAAGUCCGUGGUGCUGAAAUCAAGGUCACUCCAUCUUUUCAAGACUUUCGCUGUGAAGUGGCUGUCUCCGUCCGUGCGGCUGCGCAGGACGAAAGACAGAACGAGAUUUGGAAGGAAGCAGGGCAGACGCUGACGCAUGAAUGGCAGCCCUCGGUUUCUACGGACUACACAAGCAAAGAAGGCUUUUUAUCCUUUUGUGCUUUGCUGGAUGCGUAUAGCCAACAAGACGCAGCUGCCUUGCAUGGCAAGUUGUUUCAACUCAACAACAUCCAUGUGCCUUACCCACCGGAGCACCACACGGUGGAACGACGUGUGCUUUGGUCCACACGGAUUCGAGAUUGUAGCGGCAGCUUGGAAGUCGCCAUUCGACAAAAGGCAGCCUGCCAGCUCGCCAAAAUCGAUACAGCUGAUCACGAGAAUGCCGUCAUGGAGUUCAAUAGUCAGCAUGGCGGUGACCUGUUAUCGUGGCCUUUGCUUGCCAGUGUCAAGAUCUUGGUCACACUUCGUGGUGACAAUGACUCUGGUGCCACACAGGCGACUGACAGCGUCUCCACGACGAGUUCCUCGAAGCGGAUGCGCUUCUUAGUUGUGGAAGCUUCGGAGCAGGACCUGCAAGCGACGCCCACAAAGGCUGUGCUGGCCGUUGUUCAUGCCUUGAGCCAUGUGCCGUGCAGCGGAGACGCGUUUGCGGCUGCAUUGCUGUCGCAAUUGACCAAGAAUAGUUUUGGCGUUUUUCAAGUGCAGCCAGAGGUUGUGGUAGCGCACCUGGAGACUGGUGCCUUGGAACGCCACGCUAAACGUCGCCGGGUUACUUGUGCGAAGGCCUUGGUGAUGCUUCUUUCGAAAGAACGGACGCAGCAAGAAGCGUUGGGCUCAGACAGUUAUGGCAUUCGGUUGGUGACCAAGAAUGUUCGCGACGCUUUGGCUCCAGAUGCAGGCCCUGUGACUGUGGUGGCGUAUUGUCAGCGACAUGCUUUGAAGGAUUUCAUUUUGGAUCCUCCACGGACUGGAACCAAAACCCAAUACGCUCUGGCAUUGAUCUCCGAUCUGAGCACUACAUCAAGUGAAACCACAUAUGUGGUGGAACAAUUGCAGUUGCUGCAAGAAGGCGAUGCAGAAGCUGCAAUGAUAUGUCUGCGGCGUUUGGAGCAACUGACUGCCUUGAUCGCUUCUCGUCAACAGACGUCGGAUCCCCUACCAGCCUGGACGGACACAUUGGCGGAGAGUGCCUCCCGCAUCGCUUGUCCACGCAUCUCGGCCUAUCCCGCAGGGGACACAUGGGAGAGUCCAGUGAAGGCGUCCCAGGAGGUACCGUUCACGGCAGCUGACACCCCGGGCACAGGCUAG